AUGGCAGGCGGCGUCAAGAAGCCCGUGAACAUCUUCAACUUGAAGAACCUGGGCGAGCCCGAGGGAGUCUUCAACUGGCGACUAUGGUUUGCCGUCGUCUCCUUUGGCCUGCUCGGUGCGGCGCGUGGUGUUGACGAGGGUCUCAUUUCCGGCGCUUUCAAGUCGAAGGACUUCCAGCGCUUCAUCCACUACGAGAACUACGACCAUGUCGAACAGACCAACAUCAAGGCCAAUGUUUCGGCCAUGGUCCAGAUUGGCUCCGUCGGCGGCGCUCUCAUUGCUUUCCUCAUCUGCGACAAGAUCGGCCGUAUUUGGGCCACACGCCAGCUCUGUGUUGUCUGGGCUAUCGGUAUCAUCAUCUUCAUGUGCAACAACGGCCACCUCGGCGCCGUCUACGCGGGCCGCUUCAUCGCCGGUCUUGGCGUCGGCCAGACCCCUGUCGUCGGCCCCGUCUACCUCGCCGAAAUCGCUCCCGCCUCAAUCCGUGGUCUUUGCACUUGCAUGUUCACCGGUUUCGUCUAUCUCGGCAUUGUCCUCGCAUACUUUGCCAACUAUGGCUGUCAGCUCCAUCUCGGCGACAACACGCACAACCGUUGGCUCGUGCCCACUUCGCUCCACAUUAUGUUUGCUGGCAUCAUCUUCAUCCUCACUUUCUUCCAGUACGAGUCCCCUCGCUUCCUCGUCAAGCAGGGCAAGGUCGAGGAGGCCACUGCUGUCAUGUCUCACCUGCGCCACCUGCCUGAGGACCACGAAUACAUCGUGCGCGAGAUCAGCGCCAUUCAAAUGUCCCAUGAGGCCGAGCUCGAGGCUACCCGCGGUGCCAGCUUCUUCGGCAAGAUCAAGGAGAUGUUCCUUGUCCCCAGCAACCUCUACCGUGUCUAUCUCACGAGCAUGGUUCAGAUUCUUUCGCAGUGGUCUGGUGCUGGUUCCAUCACGCUCUACGCCCCCGACCUAUUCGAGAUCCUUGGUGUCACGGGCCAGAACGAAUCGCUGCUCGUCACCGCCGUCUUCGGAAUCGUCAAGUUCUGCGCCGCCAUCAUCUGCGCCCUGUUCCUUGUCGAUGUCAUCGGCCGCAAGCGCGCUCUCCUCAUCGGCAUCAGCCUGCAGGCUAUUGCCAUGAUCUACGUCGCUGGGUUCCUCACGGGCAUCCCCCAGCUCGGUGUUGUCGACGGCUUUGAGGUGCCGAAGAAGGACCUCGGUGCCAGCCGUGGCGCCAUUGCCAUGAUUUACAUCUCGGGCUUCGGCUGGGCUCUCGGCUGGAACUCCAUGCAGUACCUCCUGACUGCCGAACUUUUCCCUCUGCGCAUUCGUGCCCUUGCCACUUCGUGGGCCAUGACCCUUCACUUCAGCAACCAGUACGGCAACUCGCGCGCCGUGCCCAACAUGCUCCUGCCCGCGGGCCACGGUGGUAUCAGCCCCAAGGGCACCUUCUGGUGCUUCGCCGCCGUUACCAUCAUUGGCGGCGUCUGGGUGUGGUUCUUCGUGCCCGAGACUGGCGGUCGCUCGCUUGAGAGCAUGGACAGGCUGUUCGAUCUGCCCUGGUACAGGAUUGGUCUCUUUGGCAACAAGGAUGCCGAGGAGCAGGAUGCCAUUUAUGAUGAGAAGGCCGAGGCUGCUGAACACAACAUUGGCCAGUCUGAGCAUGCUGAGAAGAGGGAUGAGCGGAAGGAGAUUGCCUAG